GUGCAUUUUAGUCUCCAUUUUAUAAAAAACCAGCCACUUCUGCCACUGCAGCCCCCACCUGUCCCACCAUGUUUUGAGGCGUUUGAAGCUCUACGCUAAGGUUAUUUCCUACUCAAAAUUUUCUUUUACCAGCCGCCUCUUAUUCUUCUUUUUAUCCAACUCAUCUACUUGCGUUGCCAAGCUGCAAGCACCCCCCCCAAGAACUUUGCCAAAUAUCUCUCAUCUCUCAAUAUGGCCACCAGCAGUUUCAGUCCGCACAAGUUCGUAACUCUAGUCUCGAGUGAUGGCUUCGAGUUCGUGGUGCUUCGGGAGGCAACCCUUGUCAGCCCUAUAAUAAAGAGCAUGCUGGAUCCGAAGAGCCAAUUCUCCGAGGCACGAAGCGGUCGAUGUGUCUUCGAAGAGAUAAACGGAAUGGUGCUCGAGAAGGUUAUCGAGUACUUCCACUACUGGUACAAGAACCGACAAAGAGAAGACGUCCCGGAUAUGGAAAUCCCCGUAGAGCUUUGCCUCGAGCUCUUGAUGGCUGCGGACUACUUGGGACUCGAUAAGCCAACCUAGGUUGUCCAACAGCCAACUGAAUCGACUGCACUGAGGUUAGGCAGUAUGUCACUGGAUAUGGGACGGGGCCGGCGUUUACUGAAGUUUACUGGCGUUAUGAUACCACCACACAACCAUUACGAUAAUGUUUAUUUCUAAACCCAGGUAGAGGUAAUGACUGACGAAGACUGAAUGGAAUUGGAUAUUCAUAACUAAACUCACUCUUCGAUAAAGUUAAUACGAUGGUAAGUCCGACGUAGAGAACAAAGCCUCCCAACCAACAUAACCCAUCUAAGCAUAUGCGUUCAACUCUUAACUCUUCCGUGGGUUGAAUGUCUAUAUCGGAUGGGAGAUCAACAUCAUUCCCCGUCACUCUGCGUGGCUUGUGUUUCUCUGUAGAGACCAUGCUUUUUAGGAAGGGAUACAUUUCUAUUACAUCUACUAGGCCCUCUAUAGGAGAAUCAUAAUUUCCAAAUCAAAGUCAU